UUUACUCUUUCCAGUGUCGCGGCUCUGUAUUCCAACGCCUUCACGCUGGGUUUCAGCAACGCGGAGCGUCAAGCCACAGCUCGUGCUUUGCUUAGGCACAAUUCACAUCAAGAUGGCUCCCACUAUCACACAAAGACCGCUGGUGGCCUUCACCCUUUAUAUAUCAAGUUCAACAAGGUCUUGACAUCCCAGGAUGAGAGGAUGAUAACACACGAGGAGUUUGUAGAAGCUGCGCUUGAGGAUGUUUUUGAUGCACUUUGUAUGCAAGACCGCCUGGACGGCGGAAUCUCACUGCUUAUCCGUUGCCCUGGGUCUCAGGCAAGAGACAGUCUGACACCUGAAUGGAUUGCCGUCAACGUCUAUGUCACUCCCCGCGAGCUUCAUGAGUACCCAGAACAGGUUGGAGGGGACGUCUCA